AAGAAGAAGAAGAAGAAGAAGAAGAAACAAAAAACAAACACACUCGUGUACAGUAGGUGGCGGUAUGCACCUUGUAGUUGCUGCGAUCCGCCAUAAUAGAAGAGAAGAAGAAGAAGACCAAAACAGGAAGUGACGAGGACUUCCGGUUGUGGCUGUAUCAGUGAACCGUUGUGUUUCAUCCUCUGGUUCGGGCUGCAGCUGUUUUCUGAAGAUGAACACGGUUUUAUCGAGAGCCAACUCGCUGUUCGCCUUCUCCCUGAGCGUCAUGGCGGCUUUAACCUUCGGCUGCUUCGUCACUACGGCCUUCAAGGACCGGAGAGUGCCCGUGGACAUCCACGUCUCCAAAGUGAUGCUGAAGAAUGUUGACGACUUCACAGGACCCAGAGAACGAAGUGAUCUGGGUUUUAUCACCUUUGACAUCUCUGCUGAUUUGGAGCCCAUUUUUGACUGGAAUGUUAAACAGCUGUUCCUCUACCUGUCUGCUGAAUAUGCCACAAAGAGCAACUCUCUGAACCAGGUAGUGCUGUGGGAUAAGAUUGUUCUUCGAGGUGAAAACACCAAACUGAGCUUGAGAGACAUGAAGUCCAAAUACUUCUUCUUUGAUGAUGGYAACGGCCUCAGGUCCAAUAAAAACAUCACUCUGACUUUGUCCUGGAACGUUGUUCCCAACGCUGGGAUCCUUCCUCUGGUAGCUGGAAGUGGGCACGUCAGUCUGCCGUUUCCUGAAACAUACGAAACCACCAAGAGCUAUUAGAGAUGCAGACACACACAACACAACACAACACACACAUUCUGUUUCCUACAUAUUCCAUCUUGGUUUGUAAUAAAGGAGAAAACCUGA